UAUAAAAGACCUAUGCUGUCCCCAGCUAUUUAUAACGCCCAUGAGUCCUUCCAGGAAGACCAGGACUUGCUUUGGAUCAGUUUCUGCCUCUGCAUUAGACACUUUUGAGCCUCACAGACAUAGGAGAAAACCCAUGAUCCCACCAACCUAUCCUUUCUUUUCUGAAUUCCAUUUACACCAAACAUGAUACAGAACCACAUAGAGAAAUGAUAGAUACAUAUAGCCUUAAAAACAAUAAAAACAGAGAAGAAGGAAUGCAAUUGCUUCAAGAAGACCCUCCUCUCUCUCUCUCUGGUGCGUACGUCCGUAGCCUAGUGAAACAACUAACCACCUCAAAACCAAAAGAUACCAUGAACACCAACACCAAAGACCCAGGUUGUGUUGUUGAUGUUAAAGUUCCAGUUCCCCCAAAUCAAAAUUUAAGAAAACAUGGCAAAGUUUUAGGUGGUCGUCAGGCACAGCUACCCAUCCAACAACAACAACAACAACAAUACAAAAAACAAGUUAGAAGAAGACUCCACUCUGGUAGGCCUUAUCAAGAAAGGCUUUUGAACAUGGCAGAGGCAAGGAAAGAAAUUGUCACUGCCUUGAAAUUUCACAGGGCAUCUAUGAAACAAGCCAGUGAGCAGCAUCAGCAGCCAUCACUAUCCCUCCAACCUUCCCAUCUUUCAAGUUUUGAGCAAGAUGAAAGAUUUAAUAGUAGGAGAAAUCCUAGGAUUUACCCAUCAUGCACAACCAAAUUCUCAAAUUACAUGGAUGAUUUUUCAUAUUCAUCCAUCUCCCAUCCUUCUCCUCCCUCAGUUCCAAUCUCAUACACCUUGCCUGUUGCUUCCCAACUUGCUCCACCACCACCCCCGAUGGCUGAAAAUCCCAAUUUCACACUUCCAAAUCAGAGCUUGGGAUUGAACCUCAAUUUACAUGAUUUCAACAACUUAGGUGCUACCCUUUUUCUUAAUAACAACAACAACGACGGCAACAACUCAUCAUCUUACUCUUGCUCAUCCCUGACAUCAUCUUCUCCUCCUCCACUUUCUGUUGUAACUGUUAAGGAUGUUCCUUCAAAUGGAACAUCACAGGGAGAAGGGGUUUCCUCACUGGUUGAUACCAUUGAAUCCAGUGCUACAACUCAGGUUACUGAAGGCUUGCAUACAGCCAUGGAUGAUGAGGGCAUGGCAGAGAUCAGAUCAUUGGGUGAGCAGUAUCAAAUGGAAUGGAAUGACACUAUGAAUUUGGUAACAUCAGCUUGGUGGUUCAAUUUCUUAAAGAAUAUGGAACAUGAUGCACCCCAAGUCAAGACUGAAGAUGAUGCAUAUCAUCAUAUCUUUGAUGAACUCAGAGAAUUUCCAGCUUGAUUGAAUGCAAACGAGAGCUGCUUAGAACGUACAGUACUCGGAGGAUUACUUCCUAGAUCCUACUUUACCUUGGAAUUUGAUGAUAAAUGGAAGCAAAUAUCAAACUUGGAUAGAUAGAGAUCAAAACCAAAAGAUUUGAAGAUUCCAAAAUCCAAAUCAAGAAAAUCAAGCUCUUGAAGAGGAGGUUUAAGCCCUUAAAUACUCCAGAAAUUAAAUUAAAGAGCAAAUAGCCACUGUCUGAGGAAACUUAAGCCCCCAAAUUCAGGUUUAAGCGCCCCGAACUUAGACCCACUUGAAGUAUCCACCUAGGGCACAAAUUCUUUGUCCUUAAAAACACAAUUUGGGGCAGAAUUACAAACUUUUUCAUAUUCCUAGAGAGUUCUUGGUACUCGGAGGCAGAGGAAACGCGGAGAAAUCCACAGUUCAUGUUCGUGAGCGGCGGAGACGGAUCAAAAUCAAGCUUGCACUGGAGAUAUUGAAGAUUCACCAAUCAACUAUGGAGUUUGAGGAAACUUUUAUAUUUUCUUUCGUUCUUGAUCUUGCUAUGUCUGGCUAAAUUCUUACGUAG